CGAACUAAUGGUCCGCUCUUUUCGUGUCAACACAAGUCUUACGCAAACUUUUUUCUCGUUGUGUCAAUACUUUUGUCGUCCGUUUUUGCGGUCAACGCGUUAUCGCCAUCAGCGGUGAAGAAGUGCUGAAGAAGUGGUUCGGGAAGUGAUGGCCCGCGUGUUCUGUUGGGGCAAUACAUGCAAUGGAGAGCUGGGUUUGGGUGGCAUCGAAGACGAGCACAUCCUUCUGCCGCGCAAACAGAAAGUGGCGAUCGAUGGCCGCAAGUAUGCCAUCCGUCAGCUGUCGUCCGGUCGUAACCAUACGCUCGUACUGUUGGUUAACCCGUUGGACGACACGUCGCUUGUGUUGAGCUGCGGCUCCAAUGAGAGACACCAAUUGGGACGAGAGGGCAGUUGGCGUCGCUUCGACACCGUUGACGGCGUCGACAAACACGUGGUCGUGAGGCUGUGCUGCGGCGCCAACCACUCACUGGCCCUCACGUCCGCCGGACAGAUGUUCGGCUGGGGUUGUAAUCUAUUCGGACAGUUGGGAAUCGGCAAUAAAGUGGACGAAUCGGUGCCAAAGCCGUCGUUAGUGAAGAGAUUGGCCGCAAAAAUGGUGGUUCAGAUCGCUUGCGGCGGAAAUCAUAGUUUGGCGCUCACUAUCAACGGCAGUAUCUAUUCCUGGGGUUCCAAUGCUUUCGGACAGUUGGGAAACGGUAUGAAAGGCAACUGUGAGAACAGCCCAAUAGAGAUACUGUCUCUGCGAUCGGUUCCGAUCCGUCAAAUGUCUUGCGGUGGCUCUCAUUCGGCGCUACUUUCAUAUACGGGUGCGAUAUAUAUGUGGGGGAAGAAUGAAUUCGGUCAGUUAGGCCUCAACGAUAUGCAAAACAGAUUAGUUCCCACCGUUCAGACCACUCUUCGGUCACAACGAAUCUCUUUCAUCGACUGCGGCGAAGAGCAUACGGUUGCGCUGACCGCCGAUGGCGGCCUAUUCUCGUGGGGCGCCGGUAUGUACGGCCAAUUGGGUCACGCGAAGAACAACAACGAAAUACUUCCCCGAAGAGUGUUUGAAUUGAUGGGAAAUGUGGUCACACAAGUGUCUUGCGGCCGAUGCCAUACGUUGGCCACCAUUGGCUCCAACGGCCGAUUGUAUUCGUUCGGACUGAACGGUUCCGGACAGCUCGGGAUCGGGACUCAAACGAGCAAAAGUGUGCCAAACCAUGUGUCGGGAAAGUGGGCGGAGUUGGGCGUGAAGGACGUCUGUGUCCGCAAUGCCGCCGGUUCUCUAUUGCCGGUCGUCAGUUAUAAUCAGUCAUCAAAUUCUUCGCCAAAGGCGUCGCGAAGGCGGCGGUCAAAGGCUAAGAGCUCUCAGAAGCCUAAGAGUCCGCCGAGACGUGGAGACGACGACGACAGCUGUGAGAUGUCGAUCGACGAGUUGUCUGAUUGCGAUGAUAGCGACAAAGACAUCGCAGACAUGAUGUCUUCGGAUGAGGCCAUUAUUGAAGAGCCCGAUGAAUACUCUAAAGAGACUAUUUUAAAACCAGGAUUUAUCUGUACUUCCGAUCUAAUAGUGUCCACAAAACCCGAUUCCAUAGAAAUCAAUGAAUACCAAUCGGAUCCCGACUCUGACAGUCAACUCAAUACAGAACGACAACAACUAGUCGUCAAAGAGAUUGUUGCCUCAAAAGGGGAUCAAAGUUUUGUAUUAGUUGUGAGACUAAACGAUAACAACUAUCCGAUUGACUUCAGAUAUAACCAUAGUUUCGAUGAGAUUUACAAAUUGGAUACAAAAAGAUUACAAAAACUGAAUGAAACUCUUGAAGACAACAACAUAUCUUCUGAUGACAUCGACUAUAUCGAGAGCGCCUUCACCUCAAUCUCCUGCUGGAACUCGAGUUUCAUCGACGACAAGAUCACCGGUGACUCUGUCUUACCGUCGAUCGAUUGGAGUUCCGCGCGAACGGCCUUCGAGUUCAUUGAAAAGGCCAAAAACAGUCGAAUCAAAGAACUUAUUUAUCAAUCAAUACUUAAAUUAAUACCGGGUUUGCCGGACAUCGACGACGACAACUCGUUGGAUCCGGAAGUGCUCCGAAUCUAUAUGUUGUUAACACUGUUUCAUCCGUUCAGAACUGAUUACAAAAAUGCCGAAGCGAUGCGAAAACUGAUUUGUGGAUACAUGAGAGCCGUUCUCCGUUUGCACGACUCCGCCAAAGAUGUGAUUAAGCAAUGGUUCGGCCGAUUGGAGACCAAACACUUCCGUCAACUCAUUCAUAACGUUAAGAAUUACAUGAAAGAAGUGUUUGAGAGUCAAAACAAUCAAAACAAAGAGUUUGAGAGCAGGUCUUCGGGUGCGGACGGAGCGCAUCAGCAGAGAGUAAUCGACUCCGAACUUCACGACACGUUAGGCCUGAGU